GUCUUGUUAAUUUUGAGUUGGUGGUUGAAAUGAAAUUCAAAAAUCCUCCGAUCCAAUAUAUUUCAAAAUAAAUAUAAGACAACUUACAAACCAUGCUAAAAUGGUCGUAACGUAAAUGUAAUAUACCAAUCCCAUAUUAAAAGGUCUCUUUCAUCGUCCUUAUCUCAUAAAAAUAUAAGGAGCAUCAUAUUAUAAUAUUGAAAAUAUAAUUUAAGUGUGUUGAGUUGUUGCGAAGCUAUGAAGAGUAAACUUUGAACUAAAUUGUGAUAUUGAUUCUAUGUACCUAAUGAGUUUAUAUGUAAAAAAAAUUUUAUUUCAAUCGGCCAAAGUCCAAAGGUGCUUCAUUACAAGAUAUUCUUCAAAAACUAAUAUAAUGAAGAGGGAACCAUUAGUAAAUACUAAAAAUGGUGAACUGAGAGGAUGUAUUAAAAAGCUAUUUGAUGGCACAGAAUAUUACAGCUUUAAAGGAAUACCAUAUGCACAACCACCAGUUGGGAAACUGAGAUUUAAAGCCCCAUUACCUGCUAAACCAUGGAAAGGUGUGUAUGAUGCUUUAAGACAUGGCCCGAUCUGUCCACAAUUUGAAGCUCAAACACGCCAAGUUAAAGAAGGAAGUGAAGACUGCCUAUAUCUUAAUGUUUAUACAAAGUCCAUAGAAAGCAGCACUAAAAGCCCUGUAAUGGUUUUUAUCCAUGGUGGAGGCUUUAUAUCUGGUUCAGGCAAUACUGAUUUGUAUGGCCCAGAAUUUAUUUUACAGCACAAUGUUGUGUUAGUUACUAUAAACUAUAGAUUGGAAGUGUUUGGAUUCCUUAACUUAGACAUACCUGAAGUGCCAGGAAAUGCUGGUAUGAAAGACCAGGUUCUAGCACUGCGCUGGGUCCAAGAAAAUAUUAAUGAUUUUGGUGGUGAUUCUAAUAAUGUUACAAUUUUUGGUGAGAGUGCUGGUGCAGCAUCUGUUACUUACCACAUGGUAUCACCUAUGUCCAGGAAAUUAUUUCAUAAAGUGAUUGCCCAAAGUGGUGUAUGUACAGCAAAUUGGGCACUGGGUGUUGAUGGAAAAAAUAGGGCUUUUAGAUUGUGUAAAUUAUUAGGGAAUGAGACUAGAGAUCCUAUUGAAGCUCUAACAUUCUUGCAAAGUGUACCAGCAACUGACUUGGUUGGUAAAACCUUUAAAACAGUAACCAACGAUGAAAGACAUAGAGGUCUUCCAAUACAUUUUUGUCCUAGUAUUGAAAAGAAAUAUGGCCAUAAUGAGGUUUUUUUACCAGAACAUCCAGAACAGGCAUUUCAUAAUCGUGAUUCUGUGAAUGUGCCAUUAAUGAUUGGGUAUAACUCAAGAGAAGGAUUAGUUUUAUUAUUAACUGAGUCUAAGAAAAUUGAAUAUAGGAACAAAAAUCCAUCCUCCUUUGUACCAAGAGAAAUAUAUAAUGUAGUGAAUGAGGGUAAAUUAAAAGAAAUAGGGCUGAAAAUAAAAGAAUUCUACUUUGGUGGUCAAGAUAUAACAAUCGAAGAUACUGAGAAAAUCUGCGACUUACAAUCAGACUUAUAUUUUACAUACCCAAUACAUUAUUUUAUUGAGCUUUAUGCGAGGAAUACUCUACCAGUAUAUAUGUAUAGCUUUAACUAUGAUACAGAUUUAAACUUUUUUAAAAAUUUGAUGGGAGCCAGUGACAUAAAGGGAGCAGCUCAUGUUGAUGAAUUGUUUUAUAUAUUCUGUUGUGCAAUGAAUAGAGAUUAUUAUGAGGAAAAUGAAAGUCUGAGAAGUAUUAUCAAUAAUGUAACUAGACUUUGGACUGAUUUUGCUAAAAAUGGGAACCCAGUAUCAAACAGUGCAAUAAAUUGGCAGCCAUACACUAUAAAAAAUAAAGAAUAUCUUAAUAUUGAUAAAAGCAUGGCACUUGGAAGGUAUGUAGAUCAAAGAAGAAUUGAAUUUUGGAAGAAAAUGUACAAAGAAGCAGGCUUACAUUGUAUAAGAAGUAAUUUAUAGUUUUGCAAUAAGUAUAUAUUGAAAAAACUGUCUAUGUCUUCAGUAUUUAGACAAAUUUGUAUAAGAUUUUAGAUAUUCGGUGUUUGGUAUUCAGUGGGUUAGUCUUACAGGUUAAGUGAGAGUGCCGAGACUUUUUAAACAUUUGUAUUUAUUAGGAAUAGUUUACUGGUCAGGGUUGAAUUGUUUAUAAGAUUUAUACAUUUGUUAUAUUUAAAUAUAUAUUUUUAUUGUUA